AUGAUCCACCUGCAGGUUCACCUGCAGACACCUUGUUACGAAUGUUGCCUGGUCCAAGCCACUUCGACUGAACUGUUUCCCGCCAUAUCGCGACCCGAAAGCCUCAAUACAGUAGUCUGCAUUCCUUACGAGACAGCUCAGCCACGGACAGCGACGGGCGUUGUGUACAAAUGGCGGUGA